CUAAUAAUAUCCAACCUUACCCAUCUCCAAAAUUGGACUCAGAUCCUUUCUUAGUUUUACAACGACACUAUUGUCCUCAAUGUAUCUUGUUUAUUCCCACGAAUCCUCUCUUAGGAGAUGUUAGGAAAAUCCUUAAUUAGCACAAGUGUAAUUUAAUCUUACAGACCAUCUUAACCAGAUGUGUUGCCUAUUUUCAGAAAAAAUAAUAAGAGAAAGGAAACCUGGAACUAGAAUGUCCAAUCUCCACGGACCGUGGUAAAAAUGGUUAAAGGAUGUGUUUGGGAUUGUUGUGAAAAUAAAGUACUCUGCUUUUCCCCUGUUUAUUGUUACAAGUAUUACCCCCAUCUGUACCAUUUCCUUUUUACCCUUGUUUCUCCUUGUUGGUAUUACAUUGAUGCGGUUGUUAGGUCGAUAGAUGGGUCUAAUUUUGUAGCUUUUCUUUCUUUCUCUUUUCUUUUAUCCUCUCUUUCUGGCGGAUAACUCGUUGGGUUUGGUGCUAAAAUCUCAAUCUUGGAUCAAAAAAGGGAGAAACAGGAGUUGUCACAGAAGUCGGGUAAGGGGUUCAUCUAUGUUUUCUUUCUUGGAUUCGUUUCUGUUGUUUGUUCUCUGAGAAAAAAAAAAAACCCCAAGAACGGAAAUUGUAGCUGGGGAUCUGGCUUUCCAUGUUCUGAUGUGUAGCCGAGGUAUGAAAUUACACCACCAUUGAAAUUCUUGUGUAUUUGCGCCUGUUGAGGAAUUCUGCUUUCUGGUUGUACAAUCUUGUUUCCUGAAGCUGAUUUUCCUUUUAUUUUACUGUUAUUUCUCCGACACCAAACAAACUUUCACGUCCUCUGGACUGGAUUUCUUUUGUACUGUGUACCAUUUGAUGUGUGCAUGCAGUAAAAGAGAGAUUCUUUUCAUUUUUAUUCUUCUAUGCUUCAUUUCAUUACUGUGGUGAGGAACAAAUAUGUUGGCCAAUGAUAAGGUUCCUUUAUGUUGCUCUUAUUAUGCUUAAAAUCAAUACAUUCUUUCAAUAAACCCUAUUUACUUCAGAUUCGUUCUGUCUAUUUAGGGCUUAAUGCAAGCAUUAGCCUUGCUUUGACCUUCACGGUCCUGUUUUGGUUAUCUUUCACCUGAAUGCAGGUGAAAUGGAAGAGGGAAGUGAUUUUCGGAGUUGGGAUGAACUGAUUCCUGAUGCUUUGGGGUUAAUAUUCCGCAAUCUGUCUCUCAAAGAGGUAGUGACGGUGAUCCCUAGGGUCUGCAAGUCCUGGAGCAAGGCAGUCUCAGGUCCCUAUUGCUGGCAAGAGAUAGACAUUGAGGAAUGGAGUAGUUGCUGCCGCCAACCAGAGAAGAUUGACCGUAUGCUUGAGAUGCUGAUCAGAAGAAGCUCGGGAUCCCUCCAUAAACUGUGUGUUUCAAGACUUCAGAAUGAUGCUAUUUUCGCAUUCAUUGCAGAGAAGUAAGCUCAACUAUUCAUUGUUAAGGCAUUCCAU